GUUCAAACCAUGUUGCAAUGUAUCUUGCAAAUAGUUAUUCGCAUGGGGCUCAACUCAUAUACCCGCUUACAGAGUCUUCGACGUCUACCAGAUUUUUGCACACUCCUGGAAUGUACAGACAGUUUCGAUUUAUAGACGGCUCAAUUGUGGACAAAAUUGAGCACUUGCUAAAUGAACAGCCGGAAACGCUUUCCCAGCUGGUUGGCAGGGAACAAGGAAAUCAGCAUAUUAAAGGAACGCUCGCAGGAGCUAUGUCGAUGGCCCUCUGUCAUAUCAACAAAAUCCAGCAAUCUGACGAGCUGAACGCAUUGAAAUCGCGGCUCUUAGUAGUGAGCAUCAGUGACGACAGCACGCUGCCGUACGUUUCGGUUAUGAAUACAAUAUUUGCGUCUCAAAAAAUGAAGAUAUCGGUGGACGUUUGCAAACUAGGACCCAGCUCGACUUUCCUUCAACAAGCAGCCGAUGCCACCAACGGAGUCUACAUUUAUAUUACACAACCGGAAGGCCUUAUACAAUAUCUCACAACAGCAUUGUUUAUUGACCCUAUGUUACGACCGAUCAUUGUCCUGCCUACUGACGAGUCGAUAGAUUUCCGCGCUUCGUGUUUUAUAACCAACAAAGUUAUCGACGUGGGCUACGUUUGCUCCGUGUGUCUUUGCAUCCUGAGUGUCAUUCCGGAGGACGAGAAAUGCCCUACGUGUCAUUCCAAAUUCGACCACAAUCUAAUUACCAAACUGAAGAGAAAGCCUAAAGUUUUGCCUCUCAAGAAGAAAGAUAGGGAGUUGGGAGAUAGGAACGGGGCAGCCGCACCAGAGUCUGCCUGACGAACACAAAACCUUUAACAUCAUUUAUAACUUGUCGGUCAACACUCAAGCUUCAGUAGGUGCUGGUUUUUGGAGCCGAGCCUGCGGGUUGGUGUUUGGGAAAACAAGGUCCAUAUAACUGGUCAGCACACUAAUAACCGCAAACACAACCUUGAAAAUCGCUGGUUGCGCUUCAUCGUCAGGCGACUUAAUCAAUGGCUCAUUCAGAUAGCUCUGCACAGCGAGCAAAAGACACGACCAAGCCAAAGGCUUGUUUCUCAUAAACAUGGCCACCAUUGGCAAGUUCUGAGCAGCAAAUCCAGUAGCGGAAUUGCGGGGUUUCACCGGCACAUGCACAUAUGGCUUGGCGAGUUCGGGUCUUUUGACGUCUUUGGACAUUUUCCUAUGGUGUGAAAUAAAUAAUAAAAUGGAUGGACGUUUAUAAUUUUCAGUUAGAUUUGGACAGUCUUUUUUAGUCACGUGCAUGUAUCACGAGUAUACAACCCAAAAAAAUAAGAGCAUAAUUUCGCUAGCGCUCGCGAAGAACACAAAAGGGGAUUUCGUUUAGUGAAAAAAUCUGAUGAGUUCA